GUCAGAUGCUUAUUAUGGGAUGACCCGUGUGGAAGUCUGAAUGGAAGGUCUGAGGAGGAUACUCUCUGGGAACAAGAGCCCAAAGCGCAGCCUUACGGAAGGCUUCGUCAGCAGGUCUCAGCGAGACAGCGUCCCCUACAGGCUAAAGCCUGGCACUGCAGAGCGUUUCCGAAGGCACAGUGUGGAUGGGAGCUCACUGGGCCAGGAGGGUGGUCCCGGAGACGUCAAGCGCUUCCACCCUUACGGCAGGCGCUGCAGCGACGGAGUGCCCCCUGCGGUUCCGCCCUACCGUUACCUCCGGGAGUGCCCGGCGUCUGACGCCCUCAGCCCAGCACUGAUGGGCACUACCCAGGCGGUAGGGCCUGCUCCCUGGGCUCCCCACAGCAUGCGAGCACAGCCUUCCGUGUUCAUGGAGCAGAGUCUGACCGAGGAACUACGCCAUUACACCCCAUCUGACCCUGGUGUACACAGCACUGUUAGUUCACUGCCACACCAGUUUCCAGACGACUUCUCUCCAGUAGGUCCAGAGGUCAGUUCGUUCUACUCGUUCCAAAGCGCGUCGUCCCGGAGCUGUGAGGACAGUCCAGCUCAGCUCUACCCUAAACCUGUAUACUCCUAUAGUAUUCUCAUUUUCAUGGCUCUGAGGAACAGCCGCACAGGAACCCUGCCUGUGAGCGAGAUCUACAGUUUCAUGACAGAGCAUUUCCCGUACUUUAAGACAGCUCCCGAUGGCUGGAAGAACUCCGUCCGCCACAACCUCUCCCUCAACAAGUGCUUCGAGAAGGUGGAGAACAAGAUCAGCAGCUCUGCCCGGAAGGGCUGCCUGUGGGCCCUCAACCCUGCCAAGGUGGAGAAGAUGCAGGAGGAGCUGCGCAAGUGGCGGAGGAAGGAUCCGCUGACGGUGCGGAGGAGCAUGGCCCGCCCCGAAGAGCUGGACUAUCUUCUGGGCGAGAGGUCGGAGAAGCUGAAGACCUUCUCUGUGCACCUCACCCACCCGCCGCACCCUCAGUUCCACAGAGCCAGCCCUGCUCCCUCCUGCAGACCUGCGGCCCCCCUGCGGCGAGCUCAGCACGGCCUCCUCGCCUCCCCAGGAGCCGCUCACAGCCACCUCCUGCUGCCCUCCAACCCUCAGCCCUUCCCCUUCUACCCCCCCAUCACCCAGCAGCCCAGCACGCACCUGCCGCCCUGCACAGGCAGCUUGGACUCGCCCUUACCGGCGCACACCCCGCCCAGCUAUAGCGCCGCUCUACAGACCAACCGCGGUACUGCAGGCAGCCUGCAGGAGCUGCUGAUGGAAGCAGAGAUGAGCAGUGACAUCGACACCCUCAACCCAAGUCUAACAGACCUACAGCUGCAUGGACACCUGUGGGAGGAGCUGAGGAAUGACAGCCUGGCUCCAGACACACUGGUGCUCGUGACCACUUCUGACGCCCCUGGCGAGCUGGCCGCGUGCCAGGCUGGCACGGACGCAGGCCUACAGACGGCCUUCCCUGACCUCCAUGUCUCUGCCCUCCAACCCAGUGGGUACAGCGAGGCAGAGCUGCAGACAGCCCAAGAGCAUCCCACCCUCCCGCUGCUGUGA